AUGGCCAAAGUAGGCAAGACCGCCGAUCUGUCGUUGUCGUCUGAGCAUGAUGAGAAAGCUGCCCUCAUGCAGGAUGCUGGUUCGGCCAAAGCUACGGGCACGGUCAUGGGAAGCCCGAUUCAGUUGGGUUUCCCGAAUGCACAGUUUGUGAUGGUCUUCCCGUAUCCCGAAGGCAGCCAUGAUCCAUCCGUGAAGCAGAGCUAUCUGGAGCCUAUGGAAGAACCGACGACGGCAUGGGAGGACAUCUUCCAUGGACACGAGAGGCCUGCCGUUGUCAAGGAUGGCAUCUCCAAGCAGGAUUUCAUUGCGGCGGUGAAGGAUGGAGUGAUUGAUGUCUUGGAAGGUGAUGGCUGCAACAUUGUGGACUUCUUCUCUGUGGAUGGUGACGAGCACUUCGUCACCAUCUCGAUCGAGGAUCCCAAGACUUUGAGCAUCCUCGCGGCGAAGCACGAGGCCAGAGCCAGGGUAAAGGCGGAUGCUUACAGGAACGCCAAGAAGAAGGUCCCCACUGACCAGAAGAUGGGCAAGGGCAAGGACUUUGACUUUACCCGUGUCGAUUUCGACGAGCGACACCUCAAUGGCGCGGCAAUGGACAACACAUGCACGGCCUUUGUGCGCUACGCGGAGGACAUCAAGGAGAAGCUGGAGGAUCUCAGCGAACCUGACAAGCUCCGAGUCGCCCGAAGGACCAUCACGCAGCACCUCAGCCUGCCCGCGCUGGAGCAGGCGGAAGUCAUGAGCAAGUUCUUCGCUGCGCACGAUUGGGAGAAAGUUCAGGAGCUUUAUGCCCGUGGUUGGAGCAACCCACUGAAGUUCUAUAAAUGGCCCAGUGGCCAAAUGUCAGACUACCUUGCAACCUACUUUGGCAUGCAAGUGGCGUACUUCUUCCAUUUUUACAACUCAUUCAUGAAGUGGCUGUCGAUCCCAGCGAUUCUGAGUGUCGUCGUCGUGAUCAUCCGCCAGCUGAACGUCCUGAGCUUGUACCAGGUCCACCUGAUGAACAGCGCCUUCGGGGCCGGGCUCUGCUUGUGGACGACGGCCUUCCUGGCAAGCUACAAGCAAUCCAUGGACUUCAAGACCUUGCACUGGGGCAUGCAGGGCGCAAGCGCGGAAGUGGCUCAAGUGCGCAAGAGUUUCCGCGACGAGCUCCGCGGCACCUGCCGGGAGACGCUGCAAAACCUGUUCCACUGGGUCUUGUGCGUCCUCUUCAUCGCGGAGACGAUCGGGGCCGUCGCCUAUUUGACGGAUGCGCGAGGCCUGGCCAGGGAGAAUCCGGAAGAGUCCACGAUGGGACUCCCGAACACCGUCUUCGUGCUGGCCGCGAAGUAUCUUGUCACGGUCAACAUCAAGGUUGUGGAUUUCGCGUGGAUGUCUCUUUCCCCUUGGUUGAGCGGACGCGAGAACUGGCGUACCGAUGCGGAGCUCAAGUCGGCGAUGACUCUGAAGAUCUUCGCGGUGAAGUUCGUUGUCUUCUACUACCCCUUCGUCUACACCCUCUUCAUCCAGCCCCACGUGGACGGCUGCGAGGUGGUGAAGGGCCUGGAGGAUCGUCCGCUGCAAGGCUGUCUUCAGCAAGUGCGCUCCGACCUGGGCGUCUUCUUCAUCACCCAGGUGAUCUCCGAGGUGGUGGAGGUCGCAGUGUCCAUCGCCAUGAUGUACCGGACCAUCAAAGCGGAGAUCUCCCGGAAGAGCGAAGGCCGGCAGCACCUGAGCUACCUGGAGUUCCAGGCGCUGGGGACUCCUUACACGGUGACGGAUGAAGUCGCCGACUACAUGGAUGUGGUGUUCAACUUCGGCUUUAUUGCCAUGUUCGGGGUGACGAUGCCCCCCAUGUGCAUCCUCUGCUUCUUGGCCAGCUUCCCUUUGAAGAGGCUCUGCUCUCUCUCUCUCUCUGCUCUCUCUCUCUCUCUCUCUCUCUCUCUCUCUCUCUAG